UGGCGAAGGCGAAGGCGACGGCGAAGAAGCCCCGAAAUGGAAGAUGAGACGAAAGCAAAGUGAAACAAAAACAAUGAACAUGCAACAAAAAUUGAAGCGUUGUGCGCUCCAUUGGCGCCUCUUGUUGCUGGUUGCUGGUUGCUUGUUGCUUGUGUUGGCUCAUUGCCUGAACUUCACUUAUUAAGUUGUCGAAACGCUGUAUAAAAGCCGGCUGAAGAUCAGCAAAGUCACACAGUUCACAGCGAACAAGCAAGUAACCCAAACCUUCUCCAGUGUGCUCACUUCCUAGUCUCAACCAAGUUCAGAAAUGCGUGGAUUCAUUGUACUGUGCCUGACCGCUGUGGCGUUCGCUGCGCCCCAAGGAUAUAACUACAAUCCUGGCCCAUCGGCUUUCGGCAGUGGCCUGAGCGCGGCCAGCGGCAGCGGUGCAACCUUCUUCCAGGCUGCCCAGCAACAACAGGUGGCACCACAACAGCACUACCAGCAGGCUCAGCAGCAGGUCCAGCAGCAGCAGCAGCAGUUCUUCCAGCAGCAGGCUUCCGUUCAGGUGCACAGUGGUCACCACCACCAGCAGCAGCAGCAGCAGGUGGAGCAGCAGCAUCAGCAACCCAUUGUGUCGAAGCGUUUCUUCAUUCACUCCGCUCCCGAGGAUGUCGAUGAGGAGUACAAGGAGCGUCACAUCACCGUCGGUGUGCCCAAGCGCAACUACAAUGUGGUGUUCAUCAAGUCGCCACAGCGCUCCAACAAGAAGACCUCGAUCAAGAUCAGCCCCGCCAUCAACGAGGACAAGACCGUCAUCUAUGUGCUCAGCAAGAAGGCCGACAGCUCCGAUGUCCAGGCUGAGGUUGUUGAGCAGGCCUCGUCCACCAGCAAGCCCGAGGUCUUCUUCAUCAAGUACAAGACCAACGAGGAGGCCGCCCAUGCCCAGCAACAGAUCCAGGCCCAAUACGAUGCUCUCGGCGGAAGCAGCCAGCUCACCGAUGAGGGUGUUGCUCCCGUCACCUCCGUCAUUGGCGCCCUCGGCAAUGGAGACGCUGCAGCCACAGCUACAGCUGUGGGCAGCACUGGCAUUGGCGCUUCUUCUGCCGGUCAGGUUAUCACCCACAAUGCUGGCUCGGCUCAUGCACAGGGCACUAGCAAUGCUUACCUGCCACCCAGUUUCUAAAGCGGUUGAGAGCUGAGAACCAUAACCUCAGACAUCAUCAUUAAUAUUGUUGUUAAUAAAUUGCGAAUUGUUGUUAAAU